GCCACAAACUCGCUGGAGGCCAUCUUUCUUGAUGGCACACGGCAGAAGUUGAAGGUGUUCGCUGUGCGGCCGGCCGGUGUUUGUGGAGAAGAGGAACUAUUUCACCAAUGGAAGAAGGAUGCGAGUACACGUCCUGUGCGAACUGUGUACCUGAGAAUGGAGGGACGUGCCUCAACGCCAACACCACCUGUUGCAUCCUCAUCUGUACACGAUGGUAGUAGCAGUGACCAUAACCAUAUGAAUGGUGCUAAGCAGGAUAUUUAUCAUAAUAGCAAUGAUUAUAUUGAAAAGAAAGCAAUGGUGAUUUUUCUUUCGUGCUUUGUGUUCUGUUUAAAGAUUGAUGAUGUGCUGACUCUACCAGUCUUGUUUGUUUGUGCUUUUCCUCAUAAUUGCUGUGACUGA